AUGGCCUUCCAGAGGAUGGGAACGGCGGCUACAGAAACUGAGGAGAUGCAUCUGAGCCGCCCCAUCUUCGAUUUUCUUGACCAUCCCACAAUUCUUCGAUUCAGAAAUGACUACCAGCGUCACCGACUGGGGUAUGCGAAGGGGGCGAAAGGAGAAGUUGGCGCCGCACUGCGUGAAGUCGAGGAGAAACAGCGGGAGCACCAGGGAGCUCAUACGGCCCCGCUACCUGAGGGGAUCACAGAAGAUGAGGCAGAGUCUCUUUUGUCUCCCUUUGUUUCCUUCGGGGCAGACUCACCUUUCGCCAGAGAAGAACAACGCUUAGCAAAGAUCGCCAAAUGGCGUAUGGAAUACCAGAACUUUAGGAGCGGUGAGGCGAGAGGUGCUGCAGGAUCUCUUGAGGAGCUUGCUAAAGGUCUCAGUCUUCGUGCGUUGAAGCUUCUACCGGUGGUCCAGCUCGCUGAGGUUCUCAAGAAAGACAAGGAACCAGCGACACCUGAGCAGACGCUUCCGUCUCCUCAUUUACACUUUGGUGCCGGCAAGCUUUCGUUUGGUCUUGUGCUCGAAGCGAUGAUUAGAAGUGGCGUUAGCGACCUUAUUAUUGCGCAGAGGCAGUCAGGUGACUUCUCUCCUUUGGUGUCUGAGCACCGACCUGCGUCGGUUCCCAUAUUGGUCAACGGCCGCCGCGUGUGCGACUUUCGGGUGUAUCGGACCGCUCAGGAGGUUCAGAAACUCAUUGAAGCAAUAAAGGAGAAAGCCAAAGGGUCUGAUGACUCAGCAGAGCACGCCAGAGAACGUAGGCCAUCGCGAAGAGGGAAGGCUGUGCCUGUAGUUGGGCAGAGUGGCAUGCAGGUUUCCAGCCACUUGGUGCUGACAAAUGACUCGUCACUUCUCUUGCAACUAGCGUCUCUCUCCAAGAGCAUGAGCUGCUCGUUGGGCCCCGCUGUCAGGACGGCGCUGGUUCCCCUCCUAUCUCAGCUAGGAGACAAGCCGAAGCCUCAGCAAGUCUUGCUGUAUGCCUGUGAGAAUGAUCAUGGGGCUGUCGAGAAGCUGCGGGAGGAGCUUAACACAAAGGUUCGCGUUCUGCCUUGCAUGGUGGACAGGAUAUGCGCCUCUAGGCACGUCUGUGCAGACAAGAUAGAAGUGGAAGCUGAGCCCUAUGAAGGGGAAAUUGUGGUGCUGGAUCGGCCAGAGAACUCACCUCCACCUCCCUUUGGGGGUCCUAACGUGCAUGCGCCGAAGCUCAAGGCUGCAGCGCACUAUUUGUGUCAACGGAAGAUAGGGUUGGUAAAUGGGAUGCAUACCACUCUGGCCUUCCUGACGGCGUGCAGUAAAACGCAAGAGUUGCUUUUGGCAGUCAAGCAGGCAUCCAAGCCUCGCACAGCAGGGGGAAGGGGCACAUCUGGAGCUCAGGCAAGAUGCACACGAGGGUCUUUUACUGCUGUCUCCGCUCGAACGGAGACGCCUGCCUCGGAUCCUCUCCUGACGGCCUUGCGGCAAGUGCCUCUGCUGAAAGAAGGUGAAAUGGUCGACAAGCAGAAGGAUAUCAUGUGGGCCUGGUUAGCUGCUCGCUGCCUCCAUGUUCUGUGGGAGCACGACAAGGAAGUCAUCAAGAGGACUCACAACAUUCAGACGGACGAGGAGGUGGUAGAGAUGCUACUAACCUACGGAAAGAAAACACUUUCUCGGUUUUCCACAGUAGAAGACACGGCUGGACGCGUCUUAGGGGGCGGAGUAGUUAAUAGGUUUCACACGCGUCUCCUGACAAUCUACCACUUCCUUGAGCAGCAUAUUUUCGGAUCGGUGCCUCUCGCUUCCAAUCUUCUCAAGCACGCAAACCUCAGCGCCUUUCAGAUGAUUGACGAGGUUCGGCGGCUCGUUGAGGAAGCACGUAUUUUCGUGGAGAAGUAA